AUGACCAACAAACUCUCCGAAGAUAUUUCUCCAUAUCCUACUCCAUCACCCUCCAUAACGGAACAACGGUUAUCAGAUUACUCUCAACACUCCUCUCAUCCCUUGAGGAAUCAUCAAACACCUCCUCUCGUAGUCAAACAAAAACGAGAUAAAACCAUCCAUGCCACUGCUGGAAGCUUGAGUGGUAUGUUAGCUGCCAUUACUCUGGCUCCUCUUGAUGUCAUCCGAACAAGACUCAUGAUUCAAAGAAUUCCUCAUAAAGCACACUAUACUCAUCUUCCAUCACAAAUACAUCAACAACAACAUCAUGCUGCAUCUCCAUAUCGAGGAGUUUUAGGAGCAAUGAAACACAUGAUAAAGACUGAAGGAUUUACGAGUUUGUAUAAAGGAUUGGGUACUAAUUUAUUGGGUUACGUUCCAAAUUGGGCAGUUUAUUUUACAUCCUAUGAACAUUUUAAAUCAUCCUUUGCACAAAGCAAAUUGUUGAAAGAUCAUGUCAUGUUAAAUCAUCUUACUAGUUCAAUGUUGAGUGGAGUUAUUACGUCAUUUGUGGUAUCUCCCAUGUGGGUGAUAAAAACAAGAAUGCAAACACAAGUUGAAAAACAAUAUACUGGAAUUUAUCACGCGUUUCAAGAAAUUUUAAGAAAAGAAGGAAUUAGAGGGCUAUAUAGAGGCUUAACACCUUCUUUGUUUGGAACGAUACAUGUGGGAGUUCAAUUUCCAGUAUAUGAAUUUUUAAAGAAAGAACUCAAAAAAGAUACAACUUUCAAUAAUAUGACAGUCAUUAUAAUUGCUAGCUCAGCAAGUAAAAUAAUAGCAAGUAUGAUAGCAUAUCCUCACGAGGUAUUAAGAUCUAGAUUGCAAGACCAUGCACACGGAAAAGACAUUCAACUUGCAGCUAAUUAUGAGCCUUAUAAAGGAAUGAAAGAUGCAAUAUACAGGAUAUGGCAUGAAGAAGGAUACAGAGGAUUUUAUAGAGGAAUGGCCGCUAAUUUUGUUCGAGUAGUACCUGCGGCAGUAUUGACAUUGGGAAGUUUUGAACUAUUUUCUCAAUAUUUGCAUAAAAAACUCGAUUAA